CCUUUGGCAUGUCUUCUGCCACUGCAUCCUGGAGUGACAUUGCCAAGAAGGCUCCUCAGCCGGCAUCUGGACCGGUCCGGAAGGUUCGCGGCUCGCGGGCUAAAAGGGACGACCCCGUUCCUCUCACUGGUCCUGAGGACAAGGACAUGGAUAUAGUUCUCGACCCCGUAGAUGUGGGCGCUGCCGAGGUCGACUAUGAGCCUAUGGAGACUGACUCGAAGGAGGGGUAUUCUAAACCGUCGUUCAAUCCUAUGACUGCCGAGGAAGAGGAACGAGGCAUGCGGGAAGUUCGAAGAAUUGCGGUCCCUCCCCACCGGAUGACCCCUCUUCGUAACAGCUGGCUGAAGCUUUUAGAACCUCUAGUCCAGCACAUGAAGCUCCAGGUUAGAAUGAACACUAAGCGCCGUUGUGUCGAGAUGCGACGUGGUCCUGGUGCUGAAGUGAACUCCCUUCAAAAGGGUGCUGACUUCAUCAAGGCCUUUAUGCUCGGCUUCGACAUUCAAGACGCCAUUGCUUUACUAAGGUUGGACGAUCUCUUCCUUGAAUCCUUUGAAGUGAAGGAUGUGAAGCGGCUCACUGGUGACCAUCUCUCCCGAUGCAUCGGACGUAUUGCUGGUAAGGAUGGUAAGACGAAAUACGCCAUCGAGAACUCUACUCGGACUCGGAUUGUGCUAGCUGAGGACAAGAUCCACUUGCUUGGUUCCUUCACCAACAUCCGUUUGGCUAGGGACGCUAUAUGCAGUCUGAUCCUCGGAAGCCCUCCCAGCAAAGUAUACCAAAGACUGCGCACUGUCAGUAAACGCGUUCAGGAGCGUCUGUAGAUAUAGUCGUCGCUCUCUCUCCGCAGCUCUACCAUUAUCAUCACGAUAACUGCUACAACGUUUCUCCC